ACCGGUAUUCCAGUACUGUCAAUGUGUAGAGCUGAAGGGUGUGCUGGGUGUGCUUUACACUUGUUUUGUUUUCUCUAGUAUAUGGCUCGUCUCUAUCAUUUCAACCAAGAUAAGGACCUAUAGACCUACAAAUGGGACCUGGCUGUCUAUGUUUGAUUGCUCUCUAUGCAGGUUUGAGUCAUAUAGUACAAGGUCAAAACCAACCACCUACAUGGGAUGUAUCAUCUAUAAGUGUCUUCCCACAAGGCUUCAGUGAAGCCACUCCAUUAGGAACUCCAUUGGCUAACUUAAAAUGUAAUGACCCAGAAGGUGACCCCAUUACUUACAUCCUGAGGCUGGGCAACAAUGUCAGGGUGUUUGCUAAUGGAACUUGUGUGCUCUCAGGAAAACUAGACUUUGAGGCUAAAGAUCCUUUGGGUUAUGAUCUGACUUUCGCUUGUGUGGAUGUAAACAAUGUUGGUCAAUAUCUUCAUGAAUGGGUUGAAAUCCGCACACAAAUCAGUGUUAACGAUGCUAAUGACAACCCACCCAAAUUUGAAACUGAUAGUGUUGAAGGAUACUCCUUUUACAUUUCUGAGGAUGCGCCAGUGAGGACAAUGCUGAAACCCUCCAUAAGGAUUAGAGAUUUGGAUCGAACAGUUAAUGCUCGGCUGGAUAAGCUCUACAUUAUAUGUAACAGUCCUUUUCCUAGUGAGCUCUCUAAUUUAACACAAAGUAGCGAGGAGACAUGUAAAAAAUUCAUGUUAAACUACACUCAGGAGGAUGAAGGGCUUUACACAGCUUCACUGACUCUAAUAGACAAACUGGACUAUGAGACCCGCCCUGUUUACUCCUCAAAACUUGUUGCUAUUGAUGCACCAGGAGUUACCCCCCAGUUCACCACCACAGUCAAUGUGCAGAUCAAUGUGAUUGAUGCUCAGGACGUGAACCCCAUCUUCAUCAACCCUGGGACCAGUACAUCCAUCAGUGAAGGGGCUCCAGUUGGGACGACUUUAGGAUCUUUGACCAUAGCAGCCCGUGAUGGGGACUUUGGGGAUAAAAGGCCAGUGGACUUGACUUUUUUAACUGAGAAUCCUGUGUUUAACCUGAGCCAAGUGGUCCCAUCAAAUACCACAGAUGGGGUCUACCAGACCUUUCUCAUUGUGCGCAGUCAACUUGACAGAGAAAGAACAGCCACUUAUGAUAUUUCUAUUCUGGCCACAGAACUGGACAAGACCAGCCUGAACAGGACCAAUGCUACAGCUAUUGGCAACUACAGCGUUUUUGUCACGGACAUCAAUGACAACCCACCACGCUUCAACCAGACCCAGUAUAGCAUCAAUGUUACAGAGUUGGAGGGGGGAAGCUCUUCUAUACAGAUUGCCAACCUCCACAUUAUCUGUUCAGAUCCUGAUGCUUCCCCCAAUAACCAGUACACUAUCAGCAUAGUGAACCAGACGUUCCCAGCAGCGUACAGUGUUAGUCCUGAUACCACAUUCUCUGAUUUGUCCCCCAAUAACCAGUACACUAUCAGCAUAGUGAACCAGACGUUCCCAGCAGCGUACAGUUCCCCCAAUAACCAGUACACUAUCAGCAUAGUGAACCAGACGUUCCCAGCAGCGUACAGUGUUAGUCCUGAUACCACAUUCUCUGGCCUGGCUAAUGUCUUCCUCAAGAUUGACAAACCUGAGUACCUGGACUACGAUAACCCACUGUAUAGGGAGCAGACUGUUGUACUUGUGGCCCGUGAGACCAACACACCUGAACGUUACUCUGGCUCCACCACCAUCAGCCUACAUGUGACUGACGUCAAUGACAACUCACCUGUCUUCAAGGAGGGGCUCUACACCUUAAAUGUCAGUGAAAAUGUUUCAUCAUACCAGUUUCCUGCCAUCACUGCUACAGAUAGAGACUCAGGGGAUAACAAACUGAUCACAUACAGCCUAUCUGGGGCAACAAGUAACUUGUUCUCCAUCAACAAUGAAACUGGUGUGGUCAGCCUGAGGGGUGCACUGGACUAUGAGACCAACACGCAGUACGUGUUUCUUGUCUCAGCCACAGACCACGGCUCACCCCCUCGAUCUAGCCAGACGCAACUAGUGAUUUAUGUGCUGAAUGUGAAUGAUGUGGCCCCAGUGUUCAGCCCACCAUCCUACCAGACAUCAGUCACAGAGAGUAGCCUUACUUUUUUAAACCCUGUUGUAGUUUAUGCCUCAGACAAUGAAGUAGGUACUAACAUCACCUACAGGAUCCUGAGUGGCGACCCCAACCAAUCAUUUGCUGUCAAUGCUCUAACAGGAGAAGUAACUCUAGUGAAAAAUUUAACCUUUGAAGAUACUCCAGUCACCUCUACUGGCUCCCAUACAGGAGUGUACACCGUAGUGAUUGAAGCCUCUGACAAUGGUCAGCCCCCACUCAAAGCUACAGCUCAAGUCAGGGUCUCCAUAAUUGAUGAGAACAAUCACUCCCCAGUGUUUCAAGUCACCAACAUCAAUAAAGAGUUGUCUGAACUUGCUCCAGCAGGUACUCUGGUGGCCAAGCUGAACGCCACGGAUGCUGACAGUGGAGACUUUGGUAAAAUUACGUACCGUAUCGGUGCUGGGCAGUCUGACAGUUUUUUUGUCAACGAGACAACAGGCACUGUGACCGUCAACUCCAACAACUCGUUUGACUAUAAUGUCAAGAACAACUACAUACUUAUAAUCUAUGCCACAGAUGGGGGUGUGCCACAAAAGACAGCAACAGCCACCAUUACUGUUACAAUCUUGGAUGCCAACAACAAAAACCCAACUUUUGGGAUGCUCAUCUACUCUCGUGAGGUUGACGAAAAAACUCCCAUCAAUACUGUAACAGAAACUCCCAUCAAUACUGAAGUGUUGACAGUACCUGCCACUGAUCUCGAUACAAACGCACUCCUCAGCUACUACAUCAGUGAUGUGACAGCUUUUGACAGAAAUGGCAACCAGCUGACAUCCACCAUUCCAUACAACUACAAAGAUGCUUUUGGGGUCAGAUCAAAUGGUACAAUUUUUGUGAAAGGAAGCUUAGACAAAUCUCUGGCUCAGGAGAUCAGGUUUCAGUUGGUUGUUAGAGACAACAACACACAGUUUGGUACAGGCAUUGGAACCACCCAGAUUUCCUUAAGUAUCACUGGAGUGGCAGAGUCCACCAUCAAGUUUGACCCCUUCAGCCAGGUGUUCAUGAAUGAAGAUGCUGAAUUGGGUUACCAGGUCAUCACUCUCACAGCUAGAGACCCCAGCAACAUCCCUGUGGACAACUACACCAGGCUGAGUGGUUCUCCCAGCUUUGAUAUCCACCCCUCCAUAGGUCGUGUAACACUGAUCCAAAAAAUUGAUUAUGAAAAUGAUGCUGAGCCAGACCAUCUCCACCAGCUGAUUGUUCGGGCCACCAACAAAAAUAACACGGCCAUGGCCACAGCCACUGUCACCAUCUCUAUAGUGGAUGUCAACGACAACAACCCAGUCUUUCAAUAUCCACUGUAUGAUGUCUCUGUACCUGAAAGCUUCACUUAUCCCAUGGAGGUUGUGUCCAUCUAUGCCACAGAUGCAGACAGCAAGAGUUACGGCCCCUUAGAGUUUACGUUCUCAGGGGGACUGGAUGCAGAUGAUUUCACCAUCUUCCACGAGGAAAUACCCUCUGGUGCCUUAACCAGCAGGAGGGCUCACAUCCUAGUGGCAGCUGGUAAAGCUCUGGACUACAACAGGCGUGACAGCUACGACCUGACUCUUCUGGUUGGCGACAACCUGGAUUUGAAGUUUUCUAACACCAGGUUGUACGGCACUGCUCAGCUAAGGAUUAAGGUGGUUGAUGAAAACAACAACUCUCCAAUCUUUAAAGAACUUGCCCGCAACAUUUCCAUCCCUGAGACGGCCGAUGUUGGCACCAGUGUUGCUGCAGCUAUAGCUACAGACGCAGACCGUGGGCGAAAUGGGGAGAUAACCUACUCGCUGGAGCCUGACAGUGCUGUAAACAUUUCUACUGAUACCACACUGUUCUCCGUGCUGCCAAGUCUUGGCACCAUCUAUGUUGCUCGCCCGCUGCUUGGUCUGGGUGGGAACAAAUAUUACCUGCAAGUGAGAGCCAGAGAUGGGGGGGAUGUCCCCAACAGCAGCCUCAUGAAGCUUGUCAUCAACAUCCUCAGCACUGAAGACAAUGAUGGGAACCCAAAGUGGCUUCAGCCAGAUUCAGGAUUUGUGUUGUAUGCACCAGAGGAAACCCCAGGCUAUGUACUGAACAUUCAGAACGUGACCACAUUUCUUAAAGUGGACUCAAGACACGGCUCUACCAUCAGCUACUUUCUGUCUCCUUAUGGUCCCUACAUGAACAACUUUAAGAUCAACUCCAGCACAGGGGAGAUCACCAUCACUGGCCGGCUGGACAGGGAAGUUCAAGACACUUAUCAGCUCCUUGUCUAUGCUGAGGACCACUACAACAACAGUGUAUUCCAGUCAGGCCGUCAGUUUCUUGUCCAGCUCUGGGAUCUCAAUGACAACCAGGCAACCUUCACCAACCCCAAGAAAUAUGCAGGAUGCCAAGUGAUUGAUCGGCCACUGGUGAUAAAAGUCGAAGAAAACACGGCAGCCAAUGUCACCAUCUACAUCCUGAAAGCUUGUGAUGCUGAUGCCCCACCCAACAAUGGCAUCCUUUAUUCUCUCUAUAAUGACAACCUUUAUUGCUCAGACAACAACAACAAGUCUGCCCUGAGACUGGAGCCAGAUGGACGGCUGGUCACCCAGAGAAUAAUUGACUACGAGCAGGACAAAGAGUUCCUCAUGUGUGUCAGGGCCAGCUCCUCAGUUCUACCCACUUUCCAGGGGCGCAAGAAAAGAGAAUUUGACCUGACCAAGGUCAACACAACCCUGGAUAAUGUGGCCUACAUCAGCGUUCAAGUGUCAGACCAGAACGACAACGGCCCAAACUUUCCACAGGGCCAAGUGGAAGCAGUUAUACAGACUGACCCAAAGAGUGGACCCGUGCUGUUUUUAGAUGCUGUUGACCCGGACGGUGCAGGCAACAACCUCAUUCUCUACCGCAUUGAGAGCUCAGCUUUCUACCCACAAAAUGGCGCCGCUGUUCCCAUCCUAGGUGCCUUCACAAUCCGCGGAGACAAGGGUGCACUCUACCCCUCCCUCCCCUCAUACCAGGCUUAUUCUGAAGGCCAUUUUGUCCUAACAAUAGUGGCAACAGAUGCUUCAAACAAGUUCUCUGCUAGACAGACAAUUAAGAUUUAUGUCCAUGAAAAGGGGGAAGCUUUAAAACUGAUUUUAAACCUGCAGCCAGACACUGGCUUUAAUCAAGCUCAAACAUUAGUCAGUAAACUCAACCAAAUUUCAUCCAAUUAUUUGUUCUCCUACCUCCAAGUCUCAGAACACAGGACACUGAAUGGUUUUGAUUCUUCAAAAACUGAUGUCUGUUUUCUGGCUGUGGAUACACAGACAGACACCAUCCUCAACAUCCGGGAAGUUGCCAGCCUGCUAGACAAGAGCCAGUAUUCUAACGUGCUGCAACAGACACAGUUCAGGGCCUUUGACAGGGGGCAAUGUUACCCAUCGCAGUCAUCUGAGCAGAAUGUCAAGUGGAGAGACCUGUGGUGGGUGCUAGUUGCCCUGGCCAUCUUCAUCUUCCUGUGUUGCCUCAUCUUGAUCGUCUUGGUGUGUAUCCUCUACAGCAGGUACAAACGUUAUAUGGAGACCAGAAAAACAUACAUGAUGGCCCAGUGAUCUACUGUGAGCGUCUGCUGUGAGCGUCUGCUGCCUUGUGCCUUCAAACUUUAGAGCUAUGAUAUUAACAUGAUCAAAUCAGUUCUCUCUUUAGAAGGCCAAAAGAAAGAUUGAACUGGUUCAAAAUUAUUGUGUUGAUAGCUGUUUAAAAAAAUCAUUGUGAAAAUAGCUGUGAGUGUUUGUCCCCUGAGAGUAGCAUGAAGUAAGUUGUUGACACCAGCAGUUGAGUGAUGAUCAAUAUCAUAUUUGUCUUGUAUAUAUACACCACCCUGUGAUGAUAGCCUCACCUAUGUCAUUCCAAGUUUGUUUUUAUUCCUACCAUUCAUAAUCCCUGUAAAAUAUUGUUCCAUCACUGGUCCAAAUUGUGUUGUCUCUUCUUUUGUAAUUUAAUCCAUAAACUCCUGAUCCAACUAUUUUUGGGAGAAUAAAUAUUUAUAUUUUUGUUACAUUUU